AUGUCGGUCCCCAAAGGCCAAGCAGAGAAAGACAAAGGAAACGCCGCCUUCAAGGCGGGCGACUUCCCCACCGCGAUCGGGCACUACUCCGCCGCCAUCGUCGCGGACCCCACGAACCCCACGUACCCGCUCAACCGCGCCGCGGCCUACCUCAAACUAGGCAAGAACGAAGAUGCCGAGCGCGACUGCGACAAGGUCCUGACGCUCGACAGGCACAACGUCAAGGCGACCUUCAGGCGCGGCCAGGCGAAGGCGGCGUUGCAGAGACUCGCGGAGGCGCGCGCUGACUUCUGGAAGGUCCUCGAGAUCGAGCCUGCGAACGACGCGGUGAAGGCGGAGCUCAAGAAGAUCGAGGACGCGUUGAAGGCGCAGGGCGUGCCAAAGCCGAAAAAACAGCCUGUGGAUAUCCCCGCGCCCCCGCUGGCUUCAGGGUCUGCACCAGCGGCCGCCCCGAAACGUCGCCGAGUCCCCAUCGAGAUCGUCGAAGGCCCCGCGCCUUCGACCUCCAAAGCUGCAAGUGCAACCGCCAAACCUGCAGACAAUUCGAUCACACCGGUAUCUUCUCGACCUCUGACAGACUCUGUACAGGGACCAUCUAGCCCCGCGCCGAAGACGUUCCAGAGAGCGAAGGAGGCGCGGACAGCGGCGAGGCCGGGCGUCGGGGGCGGGAUAUUCAGACCCAAUGGGGAGCAUACGAUCUUUGGCGAGAAGCAGAAGCAGACAUCGAGUCCGCCUGCGGCCGCGCCCUCGUCGCCGCAUACGACGCAGACACCAGCGCCCGCACCAGGGCGGAAGACGAACGGAGCGCCGCGGAAACCGCCCAAGACGCUGUUUGAGUUCUCGGGAGAGUGGGAGAAGCAGCUAUCUGCGGAAGAUCGGUGGGACUUCCUGAGUGGCAUAUCGCCGACAGCGCUGCCAUCUCUGUUCCAGUCUUCUCUGGAGGCACCGCUCCUCACGAGUAUCGUGGAUACCUUACGAGACGUGCUGACCGCACAUCCAGAGGAGAAGACGCGGGAACGCGUUCGUGAGUAUAUGAUUGGUCUGUCACGCGUGCAACGAUUCAGCACGGUGGUCCUGUUUAUGAGCGUGGGCGAGAAGCAGUCAGCGAAGGAAGCCUGGCAGCUGCUGGGCGGAGGAGAGGGAGAGAAGGCCUGGGGUGUCAGCUGA